CUCAACCUUUAACACCAGGAAAGAGCCACAAGAUAGCAGCUUCCCGUGCGACGCUGAAAAGCUCGCUGAGCCCGGAGGCGCCUUCCGUGGCCUUCCGAUGCCUCCGAUCCGGCGGACGGGGGGGAAGGUGCGCGGGCACGCAGGCAGGCGCGCCUUCUGCAGUCAGCAGUCAGCAAUUGCGGGCCGCUUUCAUGGCCAAAUUCAGUGGAACCCCAAACCCUCACUCACCACCUCACUCUCCGUGAACAUCUUCUCUCAUCUCACCUUACUACUGUGGCUUCGUCUUCUAUUCUAUCCUAGUAUCGAUAUACUGAAACUUAAAUCUCACUUUAACCACGAAGAAAACGAACGACCUGACCGGGGUAUCAUCAGACAUCAUGGCGGUCAAUGAAAUAUUCCAGUACUCCAUCAUCUCAGCCCUCAUGGACGGCGUCGCCUCCAAGGGCCUGCCCGUCUCAGACCUCAUCUCCCACGGAAACCAAGGCCUGGGAACUUUCCGGUACAUGGUCGGCGAGAUGAUCAUCCUCGACGGAAAGCUCUACCAAAUGAAGUCAGACAACACCGUGACCCCAAUCGACACAAGCCCCGCCUCCGACGCUGUCGCUCCGUUCGCCAUGAUCACCCGCUUCCAGCCCACGGCAACCAUUAAGGCCGCAUUUAGUAACAAAAAGGAGCUUUUUGAGCACCUCUCACAAGACUUCCCCGACUCGAAAAACUUUUUUCUAGCCAUCAGGAUCGAGGGCGUGUUCAAGGGUAUCACGGUGCGGACGGCCGGGGGUCAGAGUAAGCCUGGUGAGGGCUUGGUCGAGGUCGGCAAGCACCAGGCGUCGCAUACCUUUGAGGAGCCAGUGCGCGGCACCGUUGUCGGCUUCAGGUCGCCAGAGUAUACCAUGGGUAUCAGCGUUGCCGGCGAUCACCUGCACUUCAUCACCGAGGACCGGACUCAGGGUGGUCAUAUUCUGUCGUUUGGUACGGACGGCGAGGUCGAGAUUGGUGCGGCGCAGAUUUCAAAAUGGCACGUUGAGCUGCCGACGAACGAUCCCGAGUUCAACAAGGCCGCAUUGGAAGGCGAUAAGGAGGGCAUCGCUGCCGUGGAGGGUUAGGAGAGGGGCGUGGAGCAAUGUAGAAACAUACGAUAAUCCUAAUAACUGAUAAUUUUCUACCACGGACAUUUUCAA